UAUCGCCGGCACCUUGACGCUUUGCCGAGAAUUUCUUACUUUUUUCGUCUCUGUGCAUACGUAUUUCGAGAGCUGUAGGGGCAGAUCUAUUCAGCAUGGAUCCGAAGACUUUUAUGGACAUUGCUGUUGUUAUUACAAAGCUAAAAAUGUUUCCAUAUUUCGACAUAGCGCACUACGCUUUGAUGUGUAUGGCUGUUCGGGAUGAUAUGCCGCAAGUUCAAGGCCAUCAGCAGUCUGCGCAGCCAUUCUACCGGAAACACCCGCUGUCGACGUGGGUGUCAUGCAUGCUGACAUGUUUUGCUGGUGGAAUCAUCGCCAACGUCCUGUUAGGGGAGCCUGCAAUUGCUCCCUUCAAGGACCACAAGAACCUCAUGGUCGCUUCUAUUGUCUGGUAUUUGGUAUUUUACUCUCCAUUUGACAUUGUCUACAAGUUGGCGAAAAAGCUUCCAUUCAAAGCAACGCUAUCGGUGCUGAAAGAGGUGCAGAGAGCACACAAGGUGUACCACGGCGUCCUACAGACAGCCAAGAUCUACCCCAGCUCCUACUUCAUCAUCGUUACGAUCGGCACACUCAAGGGAUGUGGUAGUGCCAUAAUGAAGAACUUUGAGCGGAUGAUUCGUGGAUUGUGGCUUCCUGGGUCUAAUGAAUUCCUCCAGCCAUCUUUCACAGCUAAGGCAUCUCUGGUGGCCUCCCUUGUGUUUCUUCUUGAGCGUCUCAACUACAUCAGCGUGCCGCACCCGCUCAUCUACUUCAGCGUGGUGAUCUUCUUCAUCUACUUCAAACUGUCGUCCAUCAUCCUGGGAAUCCGCGACCCGUUCUCGCCCUUCGAGAACCUCUUCUGCGCCAUCUUCAUGGGCGGAAUGUGGGACGCCAUGAGACGAGCCGUCUCCAAGGAGCCCAAGAAGGACGACGAAAGCAAGGACCUUAGGAAUGACUUACUUAAAACGAAGGAAGAGAAAAAGAAAGACUGAACAAAUGUACGAGAAAAGAAAAUUACUUAAAUUAAGUAAGAAUGAUCCUGUGUUACGGUUGGUUAAGUAUGUUGUCGUAAGACACUUUCAUGAAGUCAGUAUUGUAGUGAAAUAGCUAACAGAGUUUUUAGAAAAACUAUUUUUUUUCUACAAAAACACAAUUAUAAUAUGACAAAUAACUAAGUUAUAAAUGAAAAAACAACAACUGUUGUGAUAGGACUAACAAAUUCAUUUUAAAGUCCAUUUAGUAAUGAAAAAUAAAAAUAAUUUUUUCAAUUUAAACUGAUCAAAAAAUUUGGUUAGUACUUUGUCUUAUUUUGUUUGAAAAUUACCACUGUCAAAUUCAGUUUAUAUUUUUGGCCAGUCGAAAUAAAAAAGAAAAAUGACACAUUAAUCCCUGAAUUAUCUCUUUGGAAAAUGUUUGCCAAAUUGUACUUCAGUUUGUAUUCAAUGAGUGUCAUCUCAAACACAAUAGUUUAGAAAAGUACAAAUAAACCAAGUUACUACAUUUUUAAAUUGAUUUUGUUUGUUCGGUUUAAUCAAAAUAUGAUGGGACUAACAUUAUUGGAAUAAAAAAAAAUUCCAUCUUACAUGGCUAUAAUAUGCAUAUCUUACAUUAUAACACCAGUUACACAGCCAUAAUUUAAUUAUAAAUAAUGUGUACCGGUGUUAUAUAGGAUUUUGCUUUCUUCUGUAAAGAUAAAUUCUACCACUUCACACUGUAUAUAACAUGCACGGUCAUUAGUUUGUGAAUUCUAAGGUGAUGAUUGAAGAAAUGGCAGCUGAUUACCCAUUUUUAAUAUAUGGGUUGUUUUCAAAUUUGUCAGUGCUUAGAUGUCUGAUAUUUAUGACAGGAACUAAUUAAAAAGUGAUAUCCAGGAAACAUUUUAAAAAAGAAGAAGAAACUAAACAAAUUGUAUACAGAUUUUGGUGCAGUUCUUUUGAACAUUAAAACUCUAAAACGCACAUGUAAUUUUGAAUUUAAUGAAGUAUAUUUUGUAAAUAGUGUUAGUCAUAUACUAUUGUAUAUGUAUUACUAGCUUCAAGAAAUAACAUGUUCCUGCAUUAUUCAAGUGAUACUUAUUAAUACCAGUGCCGUACAUUGUAAUGUCCUAACCACCACUACUCUCUAUGACCAGCGGAGGAGUGUGCCAAGGAUGAGACCACUUUCUAAUAUUCUGUUAAGUAGAGCUUAAUUUAGACAGGUUGAACUUUCUUUUUAAAAUUUCUAUAAUCAUGUAGUUUGAACUAGAAGAGAGAAAAACCAAAAAAACACCCAAAACUGGAAUGUAUUCAUGGGACAUUGGUGACCCCUGCUUUUGUGUGGAUAAAAUGUUAUGUCAUAAUAAUAAUAAUUAUUAUUAUUAUAGAGAGGGUAAUCAAAAAAUGGAUAUGUGAUUUUGGUGUUAAUGUCAGCUUUGCAGGGUUGCUUCCCCUUACACAUGCUAACAUAGGUUGCCACAUCCACUUAAUUAAAAAAAAAGGUUUUAAAUACUUAAUUGGAGAAUUUAUUGUGUUAUUUGUAAAUUAUGUGUCAGUUACCCAAUAGCCAAAGUUUUUGUUCAUGUUAGAGUGUCGUUAAACACCAGCUUCUUCCUACACAAUGGGACGAAGUUACGAAGCCUGUUUUUCUUAAACACAGAUAUUUAAACAGGCUUUAUGAAUUCUGCCCAUUGAUUUAGGAACUGAUGUUCUCUGUUGAAAUGAAUUUAGAAUGUGAACUAUGUUCCUUAAGUGAUAUUACCACUAACAAUGUUACAGGCUUAGCUUGUUACAAUAAAUAGUAUGACUGCUUCAGAUGUAAACAGAAUAGUAUACCAUCCCUUCUCCUUUUAAAAAAACAACAAUUAGGAAAGAAUUUACAAAGCCUGUUUUUGUCUUCCAUGCAUGUAACUACAUACCUUUACAAUGCUUAAACACCUACAUUUAAAAAAAACAGGCUUCGUAAAUUUGACCCUUAAAGUUUAUAAUUGCUGUCUAACAAGUAGGCACUUCAAUUUUGUAACAAGCAUGAUGAUUGGUGGCUAGUUUUGUACACAAAUCCAAUGUAUUUGUCAAUUCCGACACAAGUUUACGUGGUGCAUGUAUGUGUUUGAUUGGUUAGCAGACUUGUCAAAGUUGUGAUGUUAGCUUUCACUAGGAGAGCUACAUGUAUGGUUACAGCCACGGUCAGAUUUAUCAGGGUUUUUUUUUAUCCACACCUGCUUUAAUAUAAGUUAUCUGACAUCUGCUAAAUUUCAUUGCAUUGUGGACAAAUGUAAAUGUCCGAUUUCAAUACAAUUUGAUGGACAUCUGACAAUGUAUGCGGAAGUGGGUACAGAUGCUUAAAACUCCAUAUAAAUCGGAUCGGGGCCUAACAGAUAGUAUUGUCUUUUAUUUACAAGCUACAGAAAGAAGAUUUUUCCUUCAGGAAUGCUUGAUUGUUUUGGUGCUACAUCUGUUCUUGUGGGUUGUGAACUGGAUAUAUAUAUGCACAGUUAUUAAGCUUACAGUACUCUGAAUUCAAGAAAGAGUGAUACAUUUGACCAGAAUUUAAAGUUAUUUUGUACACCACUGAAAUGUACAAUACUUAAUUACAGAAAAUAGUUUAUUAUAAUAUCACUUCUGUACAUGCUUAAAGAAAAAGUAGUAUGCAGAAAAUAUUUCAAAAACUUUAGUGGAACCUGUUGGUUUUAAACAUAAGAUGCAUGGAACUGAUACAUCUAAAAAGUAGCGAAUAAUAUUGGAAAUGUGGAUUCAAGAGUACUUUAUACAAAAUUCAUAUAAAGUUACACUCACGAACAGAAAAUAUGCAAGAGUAAUGGAGUAACAAUUAAGCACUGAAGUUUGAAACAUUGUACCCAUGAGUUGAAUUUCUCAAGCUUGUUACUAAUUAGUGAUACCAAUGUGUGUUGUAUGAUCUCCAAAGAAUGUUUUGUAUUUUAUUUGAUUGUUUAUUAUCCUGACAACAAAUAUUAAAAUUGCUGAUGUCCAAGAUUAAAUAAGAGAGAAAGAACAAUUUUCAUACUCCUUUUGGAGUAGUCAAGUUAAAUUUAUUUACUGGAUCCUUUCCCAGCAACAGUGUUACUACUGAGUUUUGGACAAAAUGUCAUGGCAUUAUUGAACAUUGAAUUGAAACCUAACUAAAACAUUGCAGUAAGAUUGUCAUGAUCAUAAAAAAGCAGUAAAUAAAAGAGGUUGAGAUUUAUUGUUUUAUUAUGGAAUUCUGUUUUAUUUGUCUCCGGAUAAUAACCUUCAACUGUAUUUUAAUUUAUUGAGAUUCUGAAUCCUGAAGUUAUAAAUGUGUUACUGAAUGUUAUAGUGUACAUUACUGUUUGUUGCAUGUGUUGUGUUCAAGUCAAUUUGAUGCAUAUAAUAUGUUCAUUACACAAGAAUGGAAAUUUACUAUACUUUAAAAAAACAGAAUUGUAUAAUGCCUCUGUGAACAAGGUUUUUGUUUUCUUCUAUUUUAGAAAUAAUUAAUUAUAUAUAUUUUUAGUCAGUAACAGCUUUAAGUUUAGGUACAUCUUGAAACAUAUUUUGUAGUAAAGGCUAGUCAGGAAGUGGCAGUUUUCACAAUUAUUAAUUUUCUCACAAGAGGACAAAUUGUAUGGAUGAGGGGUUUAAUGCCAGCAUAUUUUGUUUUAUUGAAUAAUAAAAAAAUAUAUGCCUUA